UUUUCUUGCCACACCCUGGGGCUCUUGGGAGGAGCUGAGGUCAGAGCUGCAGUGCCAGGAUGCUGCCUCUGUCAACGCAGGCGUUCGGCUGCCUUCCUGGGUCCCGUCACAUCCUUCUUGCUCAAUCAUUGGGUGCUCAGGAUGGAAGCUGAUCUCCCGUGUCUGGAAGGCAUUGCGCGGCGUGGCUUCAUGGAGUCAGGGUUGCAGGCCGAAGCGGCAGCCCCUGUCUUAGGCUUUCUGUAGCCAGCCCGGGUUGAAGGGGAAGCGCUCCAUGCCCCUGCAGGCUGGAGAAGAUGGAAGGACAAGUGGGAGGCAGGAUGCUCAGGCUCUUCCGCAACUGGCUGCCUCGACUCCGAGCAGGAUCUCUCCAGGACAAUCUGAGGGACACCGGAAAGGAACCAGAAAGGGCCCAGGAGCACUGUCUGCCCGCUUUUGCUGGAGGGCAACACUUCUUUGAAUACCUCCUCGUGGUUUCCCUCAAAAAAAAGAGUGUGGGGGCUGACUAUGAGCCCACCAUCACCUACCAGUUUCCCAAGCGGGAGAACCUGCUUCGGGGCCAACAGGAGGAGGAGGAGCGGCUGCUCGGAGCCAUCCCCUUGUUCUGCUUCCCAGAUGGGAAUGAGUGGGUCCCGCUCACUGAGUAUCCCAGGGAGACCUUCUCCUUCGUUCUGACCAACGUGGAUGGGAGCAGGAAGAUCGGCUACUGCAGGCGCCUCCUGCCCGCCGGCCGCGGCCCUCGCCUGCCCGAGGUGUACUGCAUCAUAAGCUGCAUCGGCUGCUUCGGCCUGUUCUCCAAGAUCCUGGACGAGGUGGAAAAGAGGCACCAGAUCUCCCUGGCAGUCAUCUACCCCUUCAUGCAGGGCCUCCGAGAGGCGGCCUUCCCUGCGCCCGGCAAGACCGUCACCCUCAAGAGCUUCAUCCCCGACUCGGGCACGGAGUUCAUCUCUCUGACGCGGCCCCUGGACUCCCACCUCGAGCACGUGGAUUUCAGUUCUCUGCUGCGCUGUCUCCGCUUUGAGCAGAUCCUGCAGAUCUUUGCCUCUGCGGUGCUGGAGAGAAGAAUCAUCUUUCUGGCAGAAGGUCUCAGCACCCUGUCUCAGUGCAUCCAUGCUGCUGCCGCACUGCUCUACCCCUUCAGCUGGGCACACACCUACAUCCCCGUUGUCCCCGAGAGCCUUCUGGACACUGUCUGCUGCCCCACUCCCUUCAUGGUCGGAGUCCAAACGCGCUUUCAGCAGCAGGUCAUGGAUAGCCCCAUGGAAGAGGUCCUGUUGGUGAAUCUUUGUGAAGGAACCUUCUUAAUGUCGGUUGGUGAUGAAGAAGAUAUCCUUCCACCCAAGCUUCAGGAUGAAAUCUUAGACUCCCUUGGUCAGGGGACCAAUGAGCCACAGACUUCAGAACAGCUCAACGAGCAUGUUUCGGGCCCGUUCGUGCAGUUCUUUGUCAAGACUGUGGGCCACUAUGCUUCCUAUAUCAAGCGGGAGGCAAACGGGCAAGGCCACUUCCAAGAACGGGCCUUCUGUAAGGCUCUGACCUCCAAGGCCAACCGCCGAUUCGUGAAGAAGUUUGUGAAGACACAGCUCUUCUCCCUUUUCAUCCAGGAAGCAGAGAAGAGCAGGAACCCUCCUGCAGGCUACUUCCAACAGAAGAUACUUGAAUAUGAGGAUCAGAAGAAACAGAAGAAAUCAAGGGAAAAGACUGUGAAAUAAGGGCUGUGGUCAACAGGAGGGACUGGACUCACAGGCCAGUUUUGGACUUUGGUCCCUGCCAGCACGGUGGGAUCGGCAAAGCGUGCCGCCUCCAGAAUCCACAGCCUUUUUCUGAGUCCUGGUAACCGGGUCUUGCUUCAACCUGGCGUCUUGAGGGUGGGAUCCAUGGAAUCAGCCUUCUCUGGACUGUGGAAGGCUCCGACCUCGGUGCCCCCAGAGAGGGUUCCACGCGGCACGGGGACACAGAGCAGCAGGCCGCAGGAGCACAGGUGUCAUGGGGACUCAGAUGGUGCUGGGGCCACCCUCUUCCAGGAACCACUGUCACAAAACCCUCAACACAGAAGGCAGUUGUGGCCCAAAGGCUCAGUCUCUCCACGUAAGAAAGAAUCUGUGGACACGUGAAGCUAGGAAUAAAGAAGAAAAUCUCCUUGUU